ACAAUGGCAGCAGAGACCCUCAACUUUGGGCCUGAGUGGCUGAGAGCCCUAUCUAGCGGGGGCAGUGUGGCCUCCCCGCCCCCAUCCCCUGCCAUCCCCAAGUACAAGCUCGCUGACUAUCGCUAUGGGCGAGAGGAGAUGCUGGCCCUCUACGUGAAGGAGAAUAAGGUCCCUGAGGAGCUGCAGGACAAGGAGCUGGCUGCAGUGUUACAGGAGGAGCCGCUGCAGCCUCUGGCACUGGAGCCUUUGACUGAGGAGGAGCAGAGAAACUUCUCCCUGUCAGUGAACAGUGUGGCUGUGCUAAGGCUAAUGGGGAAAGGAGCUGGGCCCCCCCAAGGCGGCACCUCCCGUGGCAGGGGCAGUACGAGAAGCCGAGGCCGUGGCCGAGGUGACAGCUGCUUUUACCAAAGAAGCAUUGAAGAAGGCGAGGGGGCCUUUGGACGGAACCCCCGGGAGAUCCAGCGUAGCCAGAGUUGGGAUGACAGAGGCGAGAGACGAUUUGAGAAAUCAGCAAGGAGGGACGGAGCGCGGUCUGGCUUUGAAGAGGGGGGCGCAGGCCCUCGCAAAGAGCAUGCCCGCUCAGACAGUGAGAACUGGCGUUCUCUAAGAGAAGAGCAAGAAGAGGAAGAGGAGGGCAGCUGGAGAGCAGGGGCAGGCCCCCGACGAGAUGGGGAUCGCUGGCGUUCAGCCAGCCCUGAUGGCGGCCCCCGCUCUGCUGGCUGGCGGGAACAUGGGGAACGGCGUCGCAAGUUUGAAUUUGAUUUGCGAGGGGAUCGAGGAGGGUGUGGUGAAGAGGAGGGGCGGGGUGGGGGGGGCAGCUCUCAUCUGCGGAGGUGCCGAGGGCCCGAAGGCUUUGAUGAAGACAAGGAUGGGCUCCCGGAGUGGUGCCUGGACGAUGAGGAUGAAGCAAUGGGCACCUUUGAUGCCUCUGGGGCCUUCUUGCCUCUCAAGAAGGGCCCCAAGGAACCCAUUCCUGAGGAGCAGGAGCUGGACUUCCAGGGUCUUGAGGAAGAGGAGGAUGAGCCUUCAGAAGGGCUGGAUGAGGAGGGGACCGAGGCAGGUGGGAAGGAACUGACCCCCCUGCCUCUUCAGGAGAAGUCCAGCUCCCCUUCCCCUCUGCCCACCUUGGGCCCUCUCUGGAGCACUAAUGGGGAAGGUGACGAGGCUGUGGAGAAAGAGCAGCCUGCAGCUGAAGAUGAGACGAGGGGAAUCCAGCUUAGUCAUGCGGUAGGCUCACCUCCCGGCCCACCUGGAGACCUGGAAGACGACGAAGGCUUGAAACACCUGCAGCAGGAAGCGGAGAAGCUGGUGGCGUCCCUCCAGGACAGCUCCCUGGAGGAGGAGCAGUUCACAGCCGCCAUGCAGACACAGGGCCUGCGCCACUCUGCAGCCGCCACCGCGCUCCCUCUUAGCCAUGGCGCUGCCCGCAAGUGGUUCUACAAGGACCCGCAGGGGGAGAUCCAAGGCCCCUUCACAACACAGGAAAUGGCAGAGUGGUUCCAGGCCGGCUAUUUCUCAAUGUCACUGCUUGUGAAGCGGGGCUGUGAUGAGGGUUUCCAGCCUUUGGGUGAGGUCAUCAAGAUGUGGGGCCGUGUGCCCUUUGCCCCAGGGCCCUCACCACCUCCGCUGCUGGGGAACAUGGAUCAGGAGAGACUGAAGAAGCAACAGGAGCUGGCAGCGGCUGCCUUGUACCAGCAGCUGCAGCACCAGCAGUUUCUUCAGCUGGUCAGCAGCCGACAGCUCCCACCGUGCACGCUUCGGGAGAAGGCAGCUCUGGGAGACUUGCCGCCGCCACAGCAGCAGCAGCUGACCGCAUUCCUGCAGCAGCUCCAGGCUCUCAAACCCCCCAGAGGUGGGGACCAGAACCUGCUCCCGACCAUGAAUCGUUCCUUGUCGGUGCCAGAUUCAAGCCCCCUUUGGGAUGUACAUACCUCAGCCUCAUCACAGUCAGGUGGUGAGGCCAGUCUUUGGGACAUACCAAUUAACUCUUUGACUCAGGGUCCAAUUCUCGAACAACUCCAGCUGCAGCAUAAAUUCCAGGAGCGCAGAGAAGUGGAGCUCAGGGUGAAGCGAGAGGAAGAGGAGCGGAAGCGCCGGGAAGAGAAGCGGCGCCAGCAGCAGCAGCAGCAGCAAGAGGAGCAGAAGCGGCGACAGGAGGAAGAGGAGUUGUUCCGACGCAAACAGGUGCGGCAGCAGGAGCUGCUGCUCAAGCUGCUUCAGCAGCAGCAGGCCGUGGCUGCCAGCGCCAUCCCCCCAGCUCCCAGCUCCCCGCCCCCACUCUGGGCUGGGCUGGCCAAGCAGGGACUCUCCAUGAAGACCCUGCUAGAGCUGCAGUUGGAGGGCGAGCGGCAACUCCACAAGCAGCCCCCACCUCGGGAGUCAUCAAGGGCCCAGGCCCCCAACCACCGCGUGCAGCUUGGGGGCCUGGGCGCUGCCCCCCUGUCGCAGUGGGUAGCUGAGACCGGGCCACUCUGGGGCGGGCCCGACAAGAGUGGGGGCAGCAGCAGUAGCCUGGGACUCUGGGAGGACACCCUCAAAAGCAGCAGUAGCCUGGCCCGCAGCCUCGGCCUAAAGAACAGCCGGAGCAGUCCAUCUCUCAGUGAUUCGUACAGCCACCUUUCCAGUCGGCCCGUGCGCAAAAAGACGGAGGAGGAGGAGAAGCUGCUGAAGCUGCUGCAGGGUAUCCCCAGGCCCCAGGACGGCUUCACCCAGUGGUGUGAGCAGAUGCUGCAUACGCUGAGCACCACGGGCAGCCUGGAUGUGCCCAUGGCUGUCGCAAUCCUUAAGGAAGUGGAGUCUCCCUACGAUGUCCAUGAUUAUAUCCGUUCCUGCCUGGGGGACACACUGGAAGCCAAAGAAUUUGCCAAACAGUUCCUGGAACGGAGGGCCAAGCAGAAAGCCAGCCAGCAGCGGCAGCAGCAGCAGCAGGCUUGGCUGAGCAGUGCCUCCCUACAGACAGCCUUUCAGACCAACCACAGCACCAAGCUCGGCCCUGGGGAGGGCAGCAAGGCCAAGCGGCGGGCACUGAUGCUGCAUUCGGACCCCAGCAUCUUGGGGUACUCCCUGCACGGAUCUUCUGGUGAGAUCGAGAGCGUGGAUGACUACUGA